AUGCCCGGUUCACAGAAGGUCCAGAAAACAGUGUUUGCAGGAGUGAAUGAUGGCUGUGUUGCAAAAGGUCUGUUAAAUGCGGGGGCGCAGGGGCCAGGAUCGGAAAGGGAAAGAAGUUUGGGAAAGGUGCGGGGGCAGGAAAAAGGAGGCUGGGAGAGGGGGCCGGCGGGGGCAGUGGGGGGAGGGACUCUUAUCCUGACAGGGCUCCCGCCUUCCCCGACUGGAGGGUUUGGAAAAACUGAGCAGGCAGCCAAGGCUUGGCUGGAAAUCCUGCAGCCCACCCUCCUGGGGACACAAAGCUGGAGGGCGGAGGCAGGGCGGGGGAAGAGAGCACGACCCCGGGGAGGGCAGGGCCUCUUUUGGGUCUGGGGGCCCAGGGGCCAGGUCCCUGGGGAGGGGGUUCCUGGCGCUGUCUCCCUGCAGUCUGCUUCCCCCUUCUUCUCUUUCCCCCCCUCCUCUCCCCCCUCCUCCCCCUCCCCGGCUCCAGUCUUGCAGAUUGCGGGCAGACUUAACUCCUUGCGCGCCAGCCUGGUGGACUCCGAGGUGGUGACGCUGGGAGGGAGGGAAGGAGGGAGGGACUCCGGACCCCACUCCCACCACUGUUUAACACCUUGUGGCCCGGACUGCAAUCUCGGGAUUUGGGCUGGUCAGAGCCUUGGAGGGCUGGCUGCCUCGUACUCGAGGAGAGACGCACAAAACCCGGCACCUGAGAGCGGCGUGGUCCGGCCCAUUCUGCUGCCAAAUCUUAAUUGUCUACGCUCGCGCCACCCCAGUCCUGUGUGUCUCUCCCUCCACUCUUUGGCCACCCUCCCCCCACCACUAGUCGUUACAAAGGUCCCUGCCAGACGGAAGGCUGCGGAGAACCCGGAAGUCUGGCUUCUGCGGCUGCCCCAGCAUUCUGAGUCCCCCGUGAGGCCCAGCGCAGGUGACCACAACCCUUGCCUCUUUUGCCUCCAGGGGGCCCCUUCACCUUUCUGCGGAGGUGGCUCCCCACCUGAGGCGGGGAACGCUAGCCUCCGCCAGCUCCGGCUAGGACAGGGGCCCGAGUAGCUGGAAACCCUGAUUUCGCCUCCACCCUGGCCCCUUUCCUGGGCAACACCCCCUCCACCAUCAGAUUUGCCUUCCAGUUCUCUGAAUGACUGCCUGAGGGAAGUAACCCAGGCUGGGCAGGAAGGGGUUAACGGGGCUACCCGACACCGUGGAGAGCCAGGUAGCUCUCUGGCCCAGUGGAAAAAUGGCAUCCCUGGAUUGUGGACAAAUCCCCGAGACCGGCGUAGUCCCAGUCCCAGCCAGGCCUCAAACCUGCUCUGUGACUUCGAGCAAGCUGAUGGACCUUCCUGGGGCUCAUGUUCCCCAUCUGUCAAGACCCAUAACCAAUUCUAAUGGCUAGGGCAUUUGGAACUUGAAGUCCCAGAUUAGGAGAUGGUUUUACAAGACAUACCUCUGAGGUGAGAGAAGAAGCCUAACGUUCCAAUCUUUUUGGCAGAAUCUCACGGCCUCGGGACCACAUCUGCUCCAUCUGCUGGGACUGGGGUCCUGCCUCAUGGGGUGCCUACACCCUGGCAUUAUGCUGGAUCCCGCGGAAGUUGCAGGAUAUGAAACCUGAAUAUAUUCUGGGAUCCUGCGACCCAAAUAAUUUCCCACCACCAAAAAUCAUUUCAAAAAGGAAUCCCAACGUUUAGUUGUAUCUCCUGAUGAUCCAAUUUGUAACCUGCGGGACCACUUGUUAAAAUUCCCUUUCCUCUUCUAUUCCACACACCUUGUAGCGGCUGACUCACUCUCCACCCGGCUCUGUCCUCUGUAGUCCACACAGCUCUCAUCCCCUUAUCAUAUGGACUGGCUUAGCCUGUCAGGCUUCAUUAUUUUCCUUUUCCUUUCACCCGUUACCCAGAUUCUCCCUAACACACCAGAAAGCUGCCUGGCUCCUGCCUCUUGUCUCUCACCUGCUAUUCUCCCAGUUUUGUAUCACAAAAGCUCUGGAACUGAGCAAGCCAAGACAAGAUUUCCAACAACAGGUGAAGGAUAAAAUUAUCUUGGGGGUGAGGGGAGGGGAGACAGAGGGAGGCUGAGAAGAUGAAUCAGUGAUGAAUAAGUUUUGAUCCUGUAACAGAUACGACAGGCACCUGCCCUCAAGGAGCUCAUAAGGUAAAAAAAAAAAAAAAAAAAAAAAGGAGCUCAUAAGGUGGCGACAGUUAAAACACAAUAAAAGAUGCUAAAUAAUGAAAAGAUGUGGACUUGAUGUAAUCAGUGCAGGUUGAAUCCUCAGGGAGCCCUGUGGAGAAAGAGGAGACUGACCUCAGGUUCAGGGGAGCACAAGGGUUUGAUGAGGGGCACAGAAAGAACAAAAGCAGGAGGAAUCACAAAUCUUGGUGGGAAGGGGCCUCAACGAAGACCAACUACCUGUUUCAGGAUCUUUCUGCCACAACCCCCACCCCCCCACCGUCAACACCCCUGGCAAGCAGUGUGUCACCAUCUUUUUGAACACCUUCAGGAGUGGGGAGCUUACCAACCCCCCAAGGCAGCCCGUUCCAUUUAUGAACAUUUGUGGGGGUGUUUUAAUUAAAGUUUUAUUUAACCUAAGUUCUAGGCCCACCAGGGGGCUUGAACUCAUGACCCUGAGACCAAGAGUCACAUGUUCUACUGACUCAGCCAGCCAGGUACCCCAGUGAAUGAACAUUUGUUUUUCCUUCCUUUGAUCUGACCUCUGUCUCCCAGUGGUCUCCACUUGUUAGUCCACACACUACCUCCUGGGGUCACACGAUGUGAGUCUAAUUCUUCCUCCCCAUGAUAGCCCUUCACAUAUUUGAGCUUUAAUGACUCCUGACUCUUCUCCUCCUCUCCAGCCUAAACAUUCCCAGUUCACUAAACAGUCACUGCCGUGACAACACCUGGCCAACUUAGAGUAAAGCAGGACUAUCAAUCCCCUUCUUUAUUCCAAAUACUAUAUCUCUAUUAAUAUGGCCUAAAAUUGAAUUUACUUUUGGCAACCAUAUUAUGCUGAUGACUUGGACUGAACUUACUAAACUCCUUAAUUCUGUGAUUCUGUUUCACCUGAAUUGUUUCUUUCUUUCUUUCUUUUUUUUUUUUUUCUUCACCUGAACUGCUUCUAAGCCAUGUCUGGUCCCUUAUACAUUGCUGAGGUCUUACAUAGACUGCUGAUCAUUUCAUCUUGUUACGUUGGCCUGACAUUCUAUGCAUGGAGAUGAUUUUGGGAUCCUUAUCUUGUCCUUCAAAGUGUUUACUAUCUCUCCAGGCUUAUAUGUGUGGAAUGGGAUACUAUAUUUUCAUAUAAGAUAAUAAAAAAAAGUAUUUAACAGGACAGAGAUGAAGACAAAACCCUAAAACACACAAAUGUUCUCUGGGUUGAUACCAAUCUGUGUCACACUGAGAAGCAAGAAGAUACAUGGUUUUGUAGGUGGGAUGGUGUCACAUCAUCAUGAGCCUCAAAAGCCUAAAGGAAGAAUAAGAAAACUCAGAAGGUUUUUGAGUACAAGAGUCUUAUGGAAGCAUCUUGAUAUAGCAAAAAAUAAAACAGAACACUAACUUUGGAA